AUGGCCGCUCAAGCCACACGUCUCAUAGGUCUGGUUAUCUUGGUUCUAGAGUUGCACCAACGGAGCGCUGGAAAUGUGGAGUUCUACGUGCUUUGCGGAGUCCUCCUCGUCGGUUUAUCAUCGAUUUUGGCGUUCACGGCAACCAAUACGGGCUUGAUCAUUCCCGUGCGCACUCUGGAAGCUUUUCUCUGCUUUCAGAACCAAUCCCUGCCCACUGCACUCCUUUCAUCAAUCGGUUUCAUCAUCAUGGAAUUGUACAUCGGUGCCCGGUUCGUUGCGUGGCACGAGUCUGGCGCUGGACUUGGUCGUAUACUCAAAACGGCGGUCAAUCGUCACUUUGGGCGAGCGUCCAGUCUUGUACUCCUUGAUGUCAUGACGAUAGCACCCAAUGCGUUCCAAACGAAUCAGCUGGCGAGCUUUCUGCCAUUCAGUGUCGGGGCUUUGAUUGCUCUCGGCGUGUUCAACUUCGGUGUCAAGAACGAACUUGCCGAGUCUGCAUUCGUGAUUCCGCUGCCAAUCACUACCCUUCCUACUGCACCUUCUGCUAUAUCCCUGGCGGUUGGACCACACCCUCAGCUCAUGGCUUCCACAGCGGCUGUAGAGGACGAGGACGACGUUGAAGACGAUUAUCUCCCUUACACUGGACCGAUUACAAUCCCUCAUCCUCCUCCGUCUCUCCCUCUUGUGCCGUCAAGUGCACCUCCUCGCAUCGGCGACGCAGCAGUGUUCGCCGAACAUCAAGAUCGACAGAUUCUGCCUUUCCAAGCGCAGUACGCUGAACGAUGGGAGCGGCACAUUCACACUGGGCCGAUCAUCGGACCACAGUCGAGACGCGUACGCCCCCAUAUUCAAGUGGUCAUCGAAGACGUAGAACCUGCUAUGCAUUCGCGGCGGUCUAACAUGAAGAAGACGAGCCUCAUUGGUUCCGAUAUCCUGCGCAGGACUCCAGUGGCACGCUCUGCAAGUACGAGCGCCAAGACAGAGGCGAAGCCCUGGUCGCCUGAGGAUCCGACGCCGUCUGAUUACAUUGGUGCGAGAAGCGUCGACGAUAGAUACACCCCCCCGGUCUACAAGCAGUCGCUCGCGGACGAUCUCUAA